UGUUGUGUCAAAAGGCGGAUCUUCAACCUGCAAGUUUUUUUAACGUUACGGUCAAACGGGAACUGUGACAUUUUCCAAAGCAUUACCGUUUGAAAUAAUGUCACAGAUACAUAUUUAAUUGCCGUGUUUAACUUUCAAGAUCAGUUCCUUUGAACUUUAACUUCAUAAAGUGCAGACAGGUGAGUGAUGCCUGUGUGUUCUAGCAGUGACUGUCCCCAUCUACAGUGUGUUGGAGAGAUCACCAAGGAAGAGCUCAUCCUCAAGUCUCAUGGCCAGUGCCAAGACUGCAAAGUUGGAGGACCGAAUCUGUGGGCGUGUCUGGAGAACGGCUGUGUGUAUGUGGGCUGUGGAGAAUCUCACACUGACCACAGCACCACCCACUCACAGGAGACUGGGCACAACCUGACAGUGAACCUGACCACUCUGAGGGUGUGGUGUUAUGCCUGUGGGAAAGAGGUGUUCCUGGAGCGUAAACUGGGCCCUCACAGCCCUGCCCCCAGCACCAAGACCCUCACAUCACCUCUCACCAACAACACACAGGAGGGUAGCAGGGUGUUGGGCCGCUCCACCUCUCUGAGACUGCCCCCUACUGGUGGCUGUGAAGACCUGGGCAUGGAGACGGAGGAGGAGGAGGAGGAGGAGGAGCUCCGCCCCAGAGGUCUGACGGGACUGAAGAACAUAGGAAACACCUGCUUUAUGAACGCAGCCCUGCAGGCCCUCUCUAACUGUCCUCCUCUUACCCAGUUCUUUGUGGAGUGUGGAGGUCUGGUGAGGACAGACAAGAAGCCUGCUCUGAGUAAGAGCUACCAGAAACUGGUGUCAGAUCUCUGGCACAAGAACAGACCAUCCUAUGUCGUCCCUACCAGUCUGUUCCAGGGGAUCAAGGCUGUUAACCCCAUGUUCAGAGGAUACUCACAACAGGACUCUCAGGAGUUCCUGCGCUGUCUGAUGGACCAGCUCCACGAGGAGCUGAAGGAGCCACUGGCCGAGCCCCCCGACAACGACCUACACUCUCACGCCAUCGUUAUGGAUGACGGCGGCCCCGACGACGACAGCCCCAGCCAAUCGGACAACGACUUUCAGUCAUGCGAGUCGUGCGGCGGCGGCAGCAGCAGCGAGCGGGUGGACAGUGAGGGUCAGGGUGGGAGUGGGGACAGGCAGGCGGCGCCGUCGUCAAGGGAGGAGUCUAACGAGGCGGAGAUGCUGAUCCCCGACGGGCCUGACUCCUCCCACUCUUCCGGCCAGACCAAUAGGGAGUUGCAGAAAGAGAAGAACCUGAUCAACGACCUCUACCGGGGGUCAGGGGGAGACCUGGAUAAAGACAUGGAUACCGCUCCCACCAACGAGGCCACGCCCAUCGUCAGCAGCCAGGGGACAAUCAAAGUCCAAAUACGGAUGGCUGAGCUGCAGGUAGUGUCCAGCAGCACCCGGACCCAGAGUCCAGUCCAUACGGAGGGACACUGCCUCACCAAGAUGUCCUCCAGCCCCCCCAAGGCUAACUCUGUCUGGCCAGGAAUGUCCUCCAGCCCCCCCAAGACUAACUCUGUCUGGCCAGGAAUGUCCUCUAACCAUAAGAAAGUGUCCUCAUUCUCCUCAACAAAGAGCCAGAAGAAGUAUCGUAGUGUGAUAUCGGACGUGUUUGAUGGGACCAUUGUCAGCUCAGUACAGUGUCUGACCUGCGAUAGGGUGUCAGUGACCCUUGAGAACUUCCAGGACCUGUCCCUGCCCAUCCCAGGUAAGGAGGACCUGGCUAAACUCCACUCCUCCUCCCAUCAGACGUCUCUGAUCAAGGCUGGGUCCUGUGGUGAGGCCUACGCUGCUCAGGGAUGGGUCGCCUUGGUCAUGGAAUACAUCAAGAGCUGGUGGUGGGGUCCUGCGGUGACCUUACAGGACUGUCUGGCUGCCUUCUUCACCAGAGACGAGCUGAAAGGUGACAACAUGUACAGCUGUGAGAAAUGCAAGAAAUUACGGAAUGGAGUGAAAUUCUGCAAAGUUCAGAGUGUACCAGAGAUCCUGUGCAUCCACCUGAAGCGGUUUAGACACGAGCUGAUGUUCUCCAUUAAGAUCGGGACUCACGUCUCCUUCCCAUUGGAGGGCCUGGACCUGCAGCCCUUCCUGGCCAAGGAUGGCUCCGCCCACACCACCUCCUACGACCUGCUGUCCGUCAUCUGUCACCAUGGCACCGCCAGCAGUGGCCACUACAUAGCCUACUGUAGGAAUGACCUGAACAACCUCUGGUAUGAGUUUGAUGACCAGAGCGUCACCGAGGUGUCAGAGUCCUGCGUCCAGAACGCUGAGGCCUACGUACUGUUCUACAAGAAGAGCAACGAGGAGGCGCUGAAGGAGAGGAGGAAAGUGACGGGUCUACUUGGCGUGACGGAGCCCAGUCUGCUACAGUUCUACGUCUCCAGACAGUGGCUCAACAAGUUCAAGACUUUCGCUGAGCCCGGACCCAUCUCCAAUGACGACUUCCUCUGCUCACAUGGAGGCGUGCCGCCUGCCAAGGCCGCGUUCAUCGACGAUCUGGUAGUGAUGCUGCCUCAGAACGCGUGGGACCACCUCUACAGCAGGUACGGAGGCGGGCCUGCUGUCAACCACCUGUAUGUGUGUCACACUUGUCAGACAGAGAUCGAGAAGCUGGAAAAGAGACGCAGGACAGAGCUGGACAUGUUUGUCCGGCUGAACAAGGCAUUCCAAGAGGAGGAGUCUCCACUGAUCAUCUACUGCAUCAGCAUGCAGUGGUUCAGAGAGUGGGAGGGCUUUGUCAAGGGAAAGGACAAUGAUCCACCUGGACCAAUCGAUAACUCCAAGAUCGCGAUCAACAAGAAUGGUCAUCUAACACUCAGACAAGGAGCUGACUCGGGACAGAUCUCUGAGGAGACGUGGAACUUUCUCCACUCCGUCCACGGAGGAGGUCCGCUCGUAACAGUCCGGCCCAACGUCUCUCACCCCGAACUAGAGGCCUCCUCGCAGUCUAAGGAGAAGAUAUAGGUGGAGACGUGCUACGUUUCAAUCUACCUACAUACCAACUCCUUCACAUGAAACAACCUACCUACUGUACCAACCCCCUAACAGGAAACCCCCAACACCAGCCCCCUAACAGGAAACCCCCAACACCAGCCCCCUGACAGGAAACCCCCAACACCAGCCCCCUGACAGGAAACCCCCAACACCAGCCCCCUGACAGGAAACCCCCAAUACCAGCCCCCUGACAGGAAACCCCCAAUACCAGCCCCCUGACAGGAAACCCCCAACACCAGCCCCCUAACAGGAAACCCCCAACACCAGCCCCCUAACAGGA